AUGUACAGGCAAUCUCUAGGCGAGGGAGCGAGGGAGGGGAUACUAGCGGAGGAGCUGUGCAGCGUGACGUGGAGCUUUCGCUUUAAGCACAUGGACCUGCCGUGGAUCAGGAACCAUCCGUUCUGGUUGAACCUGCCGCCGCUGCUCCGCCGCUUCCACGCGGACGGCAGUGUGGUGUCCGGCACGCGCAACGACCCCAUCUUCGGCUCGCACGAAAACAUCUGGCGCUUCGUGCCGCACUCCAUCUCUCCAGGACCUGCCGCUGCUCCUACUGCUGCUGCUUCUUCUGGUGACAGUACACGGAGCAGCGAGGCCCGCGCCGGGGGGAACGGCGGGCGAGGUGGCGGCGAGGGGGCAAGUAGUGGUCAGGAGAGAGCAGGGGGGGAGGCAAGGUCAGCGCUGGGCGAAAUCGGGGAUGGAUGGGCGGUGGGGGGGAGAGGGGCUUCCAGUACAUGUGUCUCUGGCGCACCUGUGCCACAGUCUGCUGCCGUGCCUGCUGCAGCUGCAUCUGCUGCGCCCCCUGUGGCAGCAAUGCGAGUGCGCAUCAACCACUGGCCCGCGCUGACAGUGCUGAACGUGCCUUCACUGCUGCUGUCCGUAACAUUCCAGUUUCUGCCCUCCCUUCCCUCUCUGCUGUUGAUUGUGUGCUCUGAUGUGGGUGACGUAUGUGAGGCUGCAUAA